AAGRUCCGGAUGGUACAGAUACUACAGUCUUUGAAGUAAUAAUGGACAAUACUCUAAAAACUGGCGAUUUUCAUAAAAUAAAAGAGCUUAUYACACCCUAUAACCUGAUGAAGUGCAGAACAAACAGCCUGGAAAAGUCUUUGGAGGUUAACUACCAGCUCAAGGGUCUAGCUCAUGGAGAUGAUGGUGCGAAUGCUGGCGAUUUUAAUGGCUUGGCCCACAAUGUCCAGAACUUUGCUUAUGAACUUCUUGAGCCGUUAAAGAGCAGUAUAAUGAAAAGAGCCAUUUUUGAAGGAGAUAACUUUGAAAGAAUCGUUGACAAAAUAGUGGAAUAUCGUCAGAAAAAGAUUGCAUCUCAUCCAGUUGUAUACAAUCUAUUAAUGAGACGUUGGACAAGAGCGUUUUAUCAAUUGAGAUACAGUUCCUCAACUUUGGAUCGGUUUAAAUGGUAUUUGUUAAACAUUUGGACUCUCUUUGACUUGGUUCUGUUCCCGUUGGUAUUUGCACUAGCGUAUGUAGUUCAUAAGAUCAAAGGAAUUGCUAGAAAUCGGCAAGAUCACCAUGUUGUGCUGAUUCUUAAUGCGAAAAAAGAAACCUUUCUCCAAAAAAUGCGGGAUUUGUGCAAACACAUGAUUGACCAAUCUGAAAAUGACCGGUUCAAGUUCGCAUCCAUAAUACGCCAUAAGGAUGACGUAAGAACUAACGACUUCAUGGCUAAAGACGGCGCUAAGGCUGCAUUAGAUGUCAAUGAAGAAGUGUGCGAAGAAGCAAAUGGUGAUACCGAGCUGGAGACAUGCUUAGAAAUGCUUAAAAACUCUGAGCAAUCUAAGUCAACCAACUCAAACAAGACGCUGGUUCUCAUGACAGACAAUAAAACGGGAGAUUGGGAUCGGAAUCUUCUACGAAUAAAACAGCAAGUGAAAAAUAACAGAUCUAGAGUUGUGUGUGUCGGGUUGGGCGUUCAUAUCGAUGUUAAAGAACUGGAAUCAAUUGCAACGGACAGAAGCUGUUUUGUUUAUCUUGAUGGUGAUAUUCAGCGAGAGGAUGGGCGUCAGAUCCUUGAAGGCAUGUAA